AUGCAAUAUCGUGAGUCCCUCCGGGAUGGUGCUGGUCCGAGAGCAGCAGAGACCUAUGCUCAGAGGGUGGUCGAGGUCUUCACCACGACUUUGGCACGCUCCGGCGAAGCAGUGGCUGCUGAGCUGUUAUGCGACCUUGUGUUGCUGCUGCCGGACCAGGUCCCUCGCCAUCUUCUUCGAGAUGCGCUGGCGCAGCUCUGUGGUGAGGAGGAGGAGGCUGCUGAGGAGCGCGCGGCUCCUAGCAGCUCAAAGAAGGCAGCCAAGGCGAAGGCUGCGAAAGCGGCGAAGGCGAGCUCAGUCUCAUCCACCUCCUCGGCAAUGCUUCCGAGGCAUCUGAAUGACAAGAUUGAAGCCAUCCCACUGAGCCGGUCCAGCUGCAGAGGAGAAAGCAAGCCCAGCUUCUUGGCCUCCUUGGAUGCCGUGCUCAACGUCAUGGCGGAAACGAAGGAGCAGGCGAAGCUGCCGCUAUCUCAACAGGCAUUGAGACGAAGCGUGAAGCUUCUCGAUGCUACCCAGGCAGAGUCGCUGCAAUUGCUGCACCAACAUCUGGUGGAUGCGGGGGGUUCCUCCCUGGUCUACGAGCCGAUGGACCGAAAUGAGAAUAUGGUAUCGUCAAUAGAGAAGCUACGCGCUGACGACGGCGGCACGAGCUUGAUGGGGGAGUCAGGCUGCUGUGAUCGGCGCUUGUACCGCAGUACCAACGGCGGCGAAACCUGGAAUGACAUCACAGACUACUUCAAAGUCGAUGUCCCUGGCUCGGCUCCGCAGCCAUUCACCGCAGAAUCGAUGUCCAAGAGCCCGGCCGAUCCGAACACAAUCCUCGUUUCUGGAAACAAGAAGACCAACUUCAUUUCCAGCAACAGGGGCUCGUCUUGGAAGAAGAUCCGGCAAAGAUCGCAAAUCCACACAGUGAUGUUCCACAAGACGCGGCCAAGCUGGUUGUUGCUGUCGACGUGGACUAGCACAUGCAACCGGAAAGACAAGAGUAGCGCCCCAGCGGAGGGCGAAGAGGAUGGCGGUGGUCCCUGCAACCACAUGCUGUAUCUCUCCAGAGACCUGGGCAAGACUUUCAGUCUUGUGCAGAAUUACGUGGUGCAAUUCAGCUGGGGAGAUCCGUCCAUGGGACAACAGGACAGGAUCUACUUCACGCACUUUAGAAAGAAAACCGGCGACCAGCCCAAGCUGUACAUAUGGUCCAACGACGUGGAUUUCGCGUAUAUGGAAGCCGAUGGCAGAAGGUCAACCACUAUGGUUCCCAUGGGAAACAAGUUUCUGGUGUCCCACAAGUUCAUCUUCGUAGCCAAAGUGAAGGACGUAACCUCCCAGACUGUGAAUCUCAUGGUCUCGGCAGAUGGCGGUCGCUCCUUCAACGCUGCGCAGUUGCCCACCGAAAUUGACGAGAAGUCGUACACAGUUUUGGACACUUCCGAGGGGCUGGUGAUGCUGCAUGUCAAUCAUGGAGCCAAGGAGAAUCAAGUGGGGAACGUGUACAUCUCAGAUGAGAAAGGCUUCCGCUUCACGUUGUCCCUUCCAAACAACGUUCGUGGCACAAACGGUGACUGUGAGUUCGACAAGGUGUUGAGCUUGGAGGGCGUGUACAUGGCCAACUUCAAGGACAUCCCACGUUCUGGAGACUCUGCAUCCAGUGGGGCAGAAGUGGCCAAGGAAGCAGCAGCCGAGAGCGAAGCGCUGGAAGGCGAAGCAGCAGCUGGCACAGAGGUGGACAAACGGAGGGCUCCAAAAAACAAGGCCAAAGAAGAAAGUGUGGUUCGCACCGUCAUCUCUUUCGACAAGGGCGGCGUAUGGUCCUACCUGAAGCCUCCGCGCGUGGACUCCACUGGAAAGCAGAUCGAUUGCCCUCCAGACAAAUGCUGGCUGCACUUGCACGGCAUCACCAACUUCCACAACUAUGCGCCUUUCUACUCGACCGAGAAUGCCAUCGGCAUCAUCAUGGGCACCGGUAACGUUGGUCCGUACUUGCGCUUCGAGCCAGACCAGACCAACACCUACCUCUCCCGUGACGGUGGCCUCACGUGGCUGGAAGCACACAAAGGCGCUUUCAUCUACGAGUACGGAGACCAUGGCGGCCUUGUUGUCAUGGCCGACGACGUGCGAAAGACGAAGCUGGUGGUGUUUUCGUGGAACGAAGGGCAGAGCUGGUAUGAUUUUGAGCUCUCAUCCAUGCCCAUCGAGGUAGACAACAUCGUGACAGAGCCGAACGCGACUUCCACGAAGUUCCUCCUCUACGGCACACGCGGAGAUACGGGAGUGAUGUACCACCUGAACUUCGAGACCUUGGGGCAGCCUCUCUGCAAGGGUGUUUGGGCCGCGGACUCCGUGUCUUCCGACUACGCUUCUUGGCUGUCCUCUGGGACACAUUUUUUUGCGGGGCAUCGGGACUCAUCGAAGACAGCUGAGACGAUCGCCGAGAUCGUGCCGGAAUUCCUGUUGUCCGGUGAUGAGAUAGCCACCUUAAGUGCUCAUGCGAUCACGGAGCUUGCAACGGCGAAAGGAAAUUCUGCCAAGGCUGUCAAGCGAUACUUACAAGGUUUGCUUGGCAUACCCAUGUACAGACAAAGACUUCUGGCUGGAAACUUGCCGAUUCGUGAUGAUGCCUCGUUGGGGCUAUUCUCCUCUGAGGAAGUGCUGCUGGUUGUUCUUCCCUUUCAAAAAGCCACAACAAGGCAGGUAAAGGCGCUUCAAGUUGCAGCAGCUUUGGACCAGGGUGAAGAGAUGGAAACUCUGCUUCAGCUUCCGCUGGAUCCCGACUGCGUCGAUGGCGAGAAGGGGAGGGAGGGGCGAAGUGUCCUUGGCGUGGCUGCCAGCCACGGAAGCAGGAGCUGCGUCCGCUUGCUACUCGAAGCCAGGGCGGACGCAAACAAAACGACGGAUCUCUUUGGUGCCUCGCCUCUCUGGGCUGCGUGCAAAGGCGGGCACUUGGAGACUUGCCGGCUGCUUCUCCAGGCUGGAGCUGAUAUGGAGAAGCCAGCGAUUACAGGCACUACCCCGCUUUGGGUGGCGGCCACUUACGGCCAUGUGGAGACUGUGCGCUUCUUGCUGCGUGCUGCAGCUGAUACGACCACGUCCAACAAUGAAACAGGCGCGACGCCCCUCCGCAUGGCCAGUGAGCAAGGCCAUGCAGAGGCAGCACAGCUGCUGGUUUGGGCUGGCGCCGAGAUGGACGCGGCAGACAAGGGCGGCAUGACGCCAUUGUGGGCAGCUGCGCGACACGGACACUCAGAGACCGUCCGCAUGUUACUGCAAGCCGGUGCAGACAUGGAGAAAGUAAACGGCUUUGGGACCUCUCCUUUAUGGAUUGCCUCAGCAUGUGGCCACAGCGAGGUGGUGCAGCUUCUGGUAUGGGCUGGUGCUGACUUGUGUGCGACAAACAAGCAGGGAGAGACCUCUUUCUGGAUUGCUUCAAAGUGUGGGCAUUUGAAAGUGAUGUGUUUGCUGCUUCAGCCAUCUGUCGGUAUGGUGCCUUUCCGACGAUGCUCCACGCUUUGCAUGGGCAUGCUGUCGCCAAUCAGAGGUGUGGCAACUGGUGCCCAUUCCUUGAUGAUCACGUUUGUUUCCUGCUUGCCGUGGGACCUGCCCCGCCUCGUCGCCCGCUUCUGUGUGCAGGCGACAUACACCAGACGAAAGCAGACUUCGGAAUGCUUCAAUGGCGAGAAGUUCGAGCGCCCAAUAAGCAAGAAGAAUUGCGAAUGCACCCAAGAGAACUUCGAGUGCGAAGUGGGCUUCACCCGUGCAGUUGGGUCCAUGGAUUGCAAGUAUGCCGACGAUGGGUCCAUCAAGAUCCCCUACAGCUGCGCGAGGAAUGACCACUUCUUUGCUACUGGCUACCGCAAAGUCGUCGGAGACACUUGUGAGGGCGGCUGGCAGCCACAACAGGUGGCCGUGCCUUGUCCCCCCAAACCGAUGAGCAAAGGUGCCUGGUCUGUUCUCGGAGCCCUAGGAAUGCUGGCAGUAGUGCUGUUCGCCGUGAACUAUUU